AUGUCUUCUCUGGCCCCCAAGGUCGGCCCCCUGGGUCUGUCUCCAAAAACUGUUGGUGAUGACACUGCCAUGGCAACUGGUGAUUGGAUGGGUCCGAGAAUGACAAUGAAACUGACCACUCAGAACAGACAGGCUCAGAUUGAGGUGGUACCUUCUGCUUCUACACUGAUUAUGAAAGCCCUCAAGGAACCACCAAGAGUCAGAAAGAGGCAGAAAAACAUUAAACACAGUGAAAAUAUCACUUUUGAUGAGACUGUCAACAUUGCUUGGCAGAUGCAGCAUCGAUCUCUAGCUAGAGAACUCUCUAGAACCAUUAAAGAAAUCCCGAGGACUGCUCAGUCUGUGGGCUGCAAUGUUGACGGCUGCCACCCUCAGACAUCAUAG